AUGGCUGGAACAGCAACUCCAUCAAAUGAGCAAGUUCACACAGUCUCCCUGAAAGUUUUGGUGGGUAAAAAGAACAACAAAGUUCUCUUUGCUGAGGCAAAGAAGGAUUUUGUGGACGUUCUGUUGAGUUUCUUAACAUUGCCAUUAGGGACUAUUGCAAGACUCGUGGCUAAGGAGUCCAAUAUAAAACCAGUUAAAGUUGGAAGCUUGAGCACACUCUAUGAAAGUUUGUCACAUCUCGAAGAAGUGCAUUUUCGGACAAAGACUUGCAAAGAAAUGCUACUGCAACCAAGGAACUCUAUGGAAUCCUAUUGCCGACAAAUGAAGCUGAACAUCGAUGACACUGAACCCACGCAGUACUUCAUCUGUGAUAAGUGGGAAUGUAGUAGAAAGAAAAAUGGAAGCCGUUUGAGCAUUUUUCGGAAUCAAAGAUGCCAUUGUGGAGAUCUAUUGAAAAUGGUAAUUACCCCAGAGAAUAAUAUUUCGAAAGAAGAAGGCUUCGUUAAGAAAAAUGCUACUUUCAUCGUUUUUGAUGAUCUUUAUAUAACGCCUAAUGUUUUUGGAGCAAGUGUGAAAAAUCUGUUCAAGAAGAAUGGAAUCGAUGAUAUGGAGGAUGUUAAGGAAGAAACUGUGCUUAUCAGCAAGAAAGAGGUAGUGGACUUGCUUAAGCUUUCAUUGGUCUCAAAUACUCCUAUGACAGACUUCAUCUUAAAAAAGGAACAAUGUCUUUAUAAAUUUACCCCUACAAAGGAAUAUGAAUUUGUGAUUGGAGAAGUGUCAUCUGAUGAGGUAAGGCAAAUAGUUGUGAAAGUACAGCAAAGAAAAUCAGAUGGGACGUUUCUGUUUGUUGAAGCAGAUGAAAAGUUUGUGGACUUUCUUUAUAGUUUUCUCACUCUCCCCUUAGGAGGAGUGCUGCACAUGCUUGAAGGAUUUUCUUCUGUGAGUUGCUUAGAUAAAUUGUAUGGGAGUAUGACUGAAUUGAGUUCAGAAAAAUAUUUAAGCUCACAGCAGGGACUCAAAGACAAACUUGCUAAUCCUAAGUGUGCUCCACUGUUUAACCUUAGCAAGCAGAUACUACCUAUUGUGGCAGAAAGCUUGCCUGCAUUUUAUUGUCAUCCUCAUAAAUUUCCUGUUAUAUCUUCUUAUGCGGGUGAAAUUUAUGCACCAUUGGACAUUGUUGAUCCUAAGUCACCUAGUGGAGAAUCUUCAAGUUCUGAAGGAUUUGUUGAAGGACCAGCAAUGUUCAUGGUGACUGAUGACUUGGAUGUGACUCCAAUGUCAUCCAUUUCUGUUGUUUCAUAUCUAAAUAGACUAAAAGUACCACUCUCUGACUUGGAGGAAAGGGUCAUCAAAAUUGGUGUGAAGGAGGGCCUUCGCAUACUGAAAGCUUCAUUGACUUCAACAUAUGCUUUGUCAGACGCUCUUAAAGACUUGAUAAAGAUCACACAGGAGGAGAAUUGA